UUUAUUCUAGUUGCCAAGGUCAAGGAUUCUUUUUUGGAUUCAGCCGUCAGGGAACUCUUUCCUCAGUAACAACCGACAGACUGUCUGCUUUGCAUUCUGUUGUCAGUGUGCAUCACUGAUAAAAAAAAACAACCUAAAGAAAAAAAAAGUGUGAGAAUAUUUUUAAAGGGGAAUCAGGAAAUUAUUUAUCAGUGUGAAGCACCAGAGAGUUCUGUACAGUCUUCAAUGCCAAAGUUAGGGGGUUUACAGCACAACAUCUGCAUUCACUAUAAUUCAGAGACUCCAGCUGCUGGAAGCUCUUGCAAGGCAUAGCCAAGGAUGUUUGCAUUGCUUUACGUUACAAGUUUUGCCAUCUAUACAAGUGGACAAUCUCUUCACAGCCAGCUCAAAGGAGAAAAUUACUACGCGAGAUAUAUUUGUAGCAUUCCUGGCUUGCCGGGCCCUGCAGGUCCCCCCGGAGCUAAUGGAUCACCAGGCCCUCAUGGGCGUAUUGGUCUUCCAGGAAGAGAUGGUAGAGAUGGCAGGAAAGGAGAAAGGGGUGAAAAAGGGAAUGCAGGUUUAAGAGGCAAGACUGGACCUUUAGGAACAACUGGAGAUAAAGGAGACCCAGGACAGUCUGGUAAAAAAGGACCUACAGGAUUGGUUGGUGCCAAAGGUGAAGUGGGUCCAGCUGGACCACCUGGACUUAAGGGAGAUAAAGGAGACCGCGGAGAACAAGGUGUACCAGGGAUCUGUAAGUGUGGAAGGAUAGUGCUGAAAUCCGCCUUUUCUGUUGGCAUCACUACGAGCUACCCAGAAGAAAGAUUACCAAUCGUAUUCAAUAAAGUCCUUUUCAAUGAGGGUGAGCAUUACAAUCCUUCCACAGGGAAGUUUAUAUGUGCCAUUCCGGGGAUCUAUUACUUCUCUUAUGAUAUCACCUUAGCAAAUAAGCAUCUUGCAAUUGGGCUGGUUCAUAAUGGGAAAUACCGAAUAAAGACAUUUGACGCUAACACAGGAAACCAUGAUGUAGCUUCUGGAUCCACGGUGAUCUAUCUUCAGGCAGAAGAUGAAGUUUGGCUUGAGAUCUUCUACACUGACCAAAAUGGUCUCUUUGCAGAUCCUACCUGGUCAGACAGCUUGUUUUCUGGAUUUCUCUUAUAUGUUGAUACAGAUUAUCUUGAUGCCUUAUCUGAUGACGACGAACUGUGAUAUGGGAGAUGUCAAAACAUCUCCAAACAAACUAGACAGUCUGACACAGGAUUUGAUUUGGAGUGUAUAGGAGACAAAACAAUAAUGAUAUGAGCUGGAAUUUUAUUUUUAUAUUGAUGGGACCACAAAUCAAAUGUGGAAGAAGGUUUCUAGCCUCUAUGCAGGACAUUUUACCAAAGAGCAGGGAUAACAAAAUUAAAAAUAUGCUAAUGAAUGACUGUCACUCCAGACCCGGAUCCUCUUAAAGAUUAUGUUUAUAAUAAUAUUUAAACAAAUUUAAGAUAAUGUACAUCAAAUUUUAUAUAGUUGUGAAGUGACUGAUAGAGUGGUAUUGACUUAUUAAACCUCUGAAUACUUUGUAUUUGUUAUUAAAAGAAAAUUGAAUGCCUGAUAUCACUAACAGCCUUGGUCAUUCUAGGGAGGUAAAUAUUUGAGAGAGAGAUGUGAUAAGAAAUUUAGAAAGUAGAAUGAAAUAGUACAGUAAUGGCCAUUUGAGAGUGAUGGACCCUGAAAAGACCAUUACUUUACUUCAGUCAGACACCAACACUAACAAAAGACGUAUAGAGCCAGAUGACUUCUGAACAGAGCCAUGCAGAUUUACACUAGCUGAGUAUCUGGCUCAAUUACAUUAAAAGGAGACCAGAACCAAGGGUCUGUAUCCAAUAAAUGGAUUAAAAACUGACUAACUUAGUGAACUCAAAAAGUAAUUGUAAAUGGGUAAUCAUUAUCCAAUGUGGGUGUUUCUAGGGAAGUCCCACAGGGAUCUGUUCUU